UGAACAUUUUUUUUUAAUUUUAAUUUGAGUUCAAAGUGAAGCAAAAAGUCCAAAUCAUUGUAUCGAUUGCAAUGUUUGAUGAAACAUCGUCGCCAAAAUUUUCACCGAUGAGGUGCUAAUCUCAAAUGUUUCUGAAACGUCAGGUAUCAGAAGGACGUUAUAUACAAAUCCAUUUCGAUCACGUUAUCGUAUCAACAAAUCGCCUCUAUCGUGACCAAACGGUUUAUUUUUAUAUAUGCAUCGUGUACGAUUUCAUAAACAUUUUUUUAAUAAUGGUCGUGCUUUAAAAAUGACUCGUCAAAUUUACGCGUCUGCUGAUGACUACGAAAGAUAAUAAAUACAGACGGAAUAUAAUAUAUAAGAGAAUUUUCUGUCUUGAAUCAUUUGUGUGAAAUUCCGACAAGUAAGAAGAAGCCAAGGGAAGCUAAGAAGAUGAAGUUGACUUAUAUUAUUUUAGUUACAAUAAUAGUUGUGGCGACAUUUUGCUCAUCAGCUAAUGCAACUUCAAUAUGUGGAGAUCCGCAAUCCGAAAAAGACGUUCGUCUUGCGACCAAAGAAAUUGUGAAACGUUUGAUGGCAAGGCGAAAAUCUGAUUGGACAUGGGAUGCGGUUACAACGCCUAUUGUCUUCCAAGUUAGUGUUCCAAAAAUGUUUUUCGGUCGUCAAAAAACAGCAAGAUCUAUUGUGAGAAAAAUGAAGAAGAACUUUCACAGAAUGACGUUGAGACAAAAAGCAGAGAACAUUAUUGCUAUAAAAUCUUUGUGCAUGAAUGAAAGAGACGUCGGAGGAAUAGAUCCUGUGAAAAACGUAUCGGAAGAACUAAAACUACAAUUUCCGAAUAACACUCGUUUUCCAGCGAUCGGAUACGGAAUGUUUUCCAUUGGGAUUGGUUCGGUAUGUGUUAGUGGAUAUCCGAUUGAAAAUUGGUUGUUUGAAAAAUUUAUAUCUGGACAAAAUGAAGACGGAAGUUUCGGAGAUUCAAAUUAUCUCAUGAAUACCAUAAGGUUACUUGCUCCUACCCAUUGCCUGCGCCUGAUGAAAAAUCCUGCUUACAACGCGACAAAACUCGAUAAUGUGCUUUUAAAAAUGAGAGAUUACAUAAUGAAAAACAUGAUUACCACUCGUGCUGGGGAAGUGUACAUUGAGAACAAAAGUUUAACUUCACAUACGCUACUUAGUUUAUGGAAAACAAGAAAUGAAGGAGAAAACCCCGAUAAAUGGCGUUGCAGGGAGCUAUCAAAAACGUUAGGAAUAUAUCCAGACCCGGACGAAACUUUGUCUCAGUUGACUUCUCGUUUGAUGCGUCUUCAUGGGGCUGCAUACCUGGAUGUCGGAUCGCCGCAAUUCACCUGUCAAAAACCAGAUCCUGUACCAAAAGGUUACGUUCCUUCAUGUAAGCCACACAAGCCAUGGACCUGCAAAUCGAAGAAUCCAAAGUAACAGGAAAUUGCAGAAUAAAUAAAUUAGUAUUCGAACGAGUUAAAAAAGAACAUUCCUCUAUUUUUAUUAUGGAUUUUCAUCAAUUUCGCCGUGACAAAUCUUUCCAUUAGAUUUUGUAAAUAUGAAAAAUUUCAAGCACUUCAUUAUGCUCUCCCACACAUAAAAAUUGAAAAGUGACAAAAUCAAGAUUCACGUUUUAUUUUCCGUGUGCUGUCAUAUUUUAUGACUAAAGUUAUUUUGUUUUGUGCUUGUAUUUUCUGUAGUGUAUCAAUAAAUAUUUCCAUCCUAAUAGUUUAA